UGUUAUGAGAAAAUUUGUUGAAGCAAUCGGUAAAAGAAAAAUAAUGCCAGAAAACUAGAGUUGUAUUGUAACUUUUAACAGUACUUUGUAUUUAUAUUACAAUUUGGAUUGCAUUUUAUGUAUUGAUAUUUGUUAUGUUAUGGAGGCUGAAGCUACUAAUGGUGGUACACUUCUGACUUACACAGUCACAAAUGAUCGUGGUUGGAAUGACCCACCAAUACAUAUCUUCAGCCCUGGAGGAGGAAAUCGAAAAAAAAAUAAUUUGAACAAGAGAGUUGGUCAUUCCUUAAAUUCCAAUGGUAAUUCAUUUUUGAAUCAAACACCCUUUCAUCAAAAUGGAAUUCAUAGCAAUCUACAUUCUGCAAUAAAAUCUGACUCUCUUCCUCAGUCAUCUUUUCAUCAAAACAGAAUUUACAACAAUCUACAUCCUGUAUUGAAAACUGAUGCUCUACCACAGAAUAACUGUGCGGCAGGAGUUCUUGAGUUAUCAAACAAUUUAGAGCAUGUUAGUUUUAAUCAUUCAAAUAGCAAUCCUGACUUACAAAAAGUUUGUUCAUCUUCCUCACAAAUGCAUCAUGCUGUAAGCUAUCCAUAUGAUAUAAAUAAAGUUGGUUUAUCUUCAUUGUAUAAUCCAAAUUGCUUAAUCAGUUCAGAAUCCAGUUGCUCCUCAAACAAUGAUCACUUAAAAACAUCAGAAAAUCAGAACAAUUAUAGAAGAUUUAGUGAUGUAUCUGUUCCUGGAAAAGUUAGUGAUCCAUUGUCAAUACUUUCUCAACUUGGCACUCCAACUAUGUUAAAGUCAUCACAUUUACAAACUGAAACCAAAGAUUCUGUUCAAAGUUCAGAUGCUUCUUUUCUUAAUUAUGAUAAAUCUAGAAUAUCCCCAAUUAAUGGCUAUCAAACUCCUCCUAUUCCAGAGCAUCAAAAUGAAGAUUCUCUAGUUUCAUCUAUUCCUUUAGGACAGUCAACUCAUAACAAUGGGUAUUUAGUGAGUAAUUCUUCAACUGAAUUUCAAAAGUCAAAUUUAGUUGGCCCACCUCCAACUGUGGGGUAUUACAUUCAAAAUGGCAAAAGUUCACCAAACCGUUCAUCUCCAGUUAAUCUAAGAGCUCGUUCUCCGUUACUGAUUACAAAUGUCAAUAUUGAAAAUGACAAUGAACUGCUUGAAUCAACCAUUAAAAAUCUUCAAGAAUGCAAAGAAAAGUGUCUUUGUCGUUUAAAUAGUAGAAAUAGUGAUGAAAUAAACAAAAAAAUUAUUUCUUUUCAACAAUCUUGGUUAUUAGGAAAGUUAUCUGCAAUUGUAAAACUACAAAUGUCAGAAUUAGCUAUUGCACUUAUGAUGAUGGAUUUCACUAAAGCUGAUCAAAUUCACAAAAGUUUAAUUUUGGAUCAUUCAAAUGAGGUCACUUCAUGGAUUGUUGGUAUAAAAAAGUUAGUUGUUACUUCUCAACAAACACUAAUUGAGAAUAAUAAAUUUACAGAGGAUAAUCGGAUCAGCUAACGUUAUCACCAAGUUAAAAUUUCAUUUCUUAGUCAGAAUAAACUAUUCUUGGACUAAGCGUUUCGUUGUUAAAUUCACCAACCAAUUCAUCCCAUUAAUAGAAUGAUAUAAAAAGAAUUGGCGUGUGAAUACUUCAUAAAGUUGAUCUAUUAUAUGACGAUAGUUUGUUAUGAUAAUCAUUGAAUUUUUGUUUAGUUCAUCGAUUAUUUUACAAGAGGUUAUAAUUUUGAUAAUGUCUGCAUUUUUUUAUUUAUUAUUUUGAGACUAAAUAAAUCAGAAAUUUUUUUAAA